CCCCCGGGCAGAGCUGCCCCCGCCCCGCCGCGCCCCGUCCCCGGAGCCGAGCCGAGCCCCGGGGCCGCCUCGUCCUUUGUGUGCGCCGGGGCACCGGGCACCGCCGGGAGCACCGGGAGCCGAGCCCGGGCGGUGAUAGCGGGGAGCGGGAGCGGCCCCGGGGCCCGGGGACCCCCCGGCGGCCCCAUGAAGGAGCCCGACGCCAUCAAACUCUUCGUGGGGCAGAUCCCGCGGCACCUGGAGGAGAAGGACCUGAAACCCAUUUUUGAGCAAUUCGGGAAAAUCUACGAGCUCACCGUCAUCAAGGACAAGUACACCGGGAUGCACAAAGGAUGCGCCUUCCUGACCUACUGCGCCCGCGAGUCGGCCCUGAAGGCCCAGAGCGCCCUGCACGAGCAGAAAACCCUGCCGGGGAUGAACCGGCCCAUCCAGGUGAAGCCGGCGGACAGUGAGAGCCGAGGAGAGGACCGCAAGCUGUUCGUGGGGAUGCUCAGCAAGCAGCAGGCGGACGAGGACGUGCGGAAAAUGUUCGAGCCCUUCGGCACCAUCGACGAGUGCACGGUGCUGCGCGGGCCCGACGGCACCAGCAAAGGCUGCGCCUUCGUCAAGUUCCAGAGCCACGCCGAGGCCCAGGCCGCCAUCGCCGCCCUGCACGGGAGCCGCACGCUGCCGGGCGCCUCGUCCAGCCUGGUGGUGAAGUUUGCAGACACGGAGAAGGAGCGGGGGCUGCGGCGGAUGCAGCAGGUGGCGAGUCAGCUGGGGAUGUUCAGCCCCAUCGCCCUCCAGUUCGGAGCCUACAGCGCCUACACGCAGGCGCUGAUGCAGCAGCAGGCCGCCCUGGUGGCCGCACACUCGGCCUACCUCAACCCCAUGGCCACCAUGGCCGUGCAGAUGCAGCACAUGGGCACGGUCAACCCCAACGGGCUGAUCGCCACCCCCCUGCCACCCUCCUCAGGAACCAGCACCCCCCCGGCCAUGGCGGCCACCCCCGUCCCGGCCAUCGCGGCCCCGCUGAGCGUCAACGGCUACAGCCCCGUGCCCGCGCAGCCCGCGGGACCCCCGGCCCCCGACGCCGUCUACGCCGGGGGCGUCCCCCCCUUCCCAGGUGCCCCCCGACCCCCCCCCGGCCCCCCCCGUGCCCCCCCAGGGCCCCCCCUAACCCCCCCUGUGCCCCCAGCCCAGAGCCCCGCCGCCCCCGGGGACCCCCUGCAGCAGGCGUACGCUGGCAUGCAGCACUAUACUGCCGCGUACCCGGCCGCCUACGGGCUCGUCAGCCCCGCCUUCGCCCCCCCGGGACCCCUGCUCGCCCCCCCGCCCCCCCCGCAGCAGCAGCAGCGCGAAGGCCCCGAGGGCUGUAACAUCUUCAUCUACCACCUGCCCCAGGAGUUCGCCGACACCGAGAUCCUGCAGAUGUUCCUCCCCUUCGGCAACGUCAUCUCCGCCAAGGUCUUCGUGGACAGGGCCACCAACCAGAGCAAGUGCUUCGGCUUCGUGAGCUUUGACAACCCCGCCAGCGCCCAGGCCGCCAUCCAGGCCAUGAACGGCUUCCAGAUCGGGAUGAAGCGGCUCAAGGUGCAGCUCAAGAGGCCCAAAGACGCCAACAGGCCCUACUGAGCCAGGUCUGGAGGCUCCGGAGCAGCACCUUUGGGUGCCCCCCCCGUUGCAGAGCAGCCCCCUCCCCAAUCCCAGCGGUGCCGGGGGCGGGGGGGGCUCGGUCCUGUUGGGGGGGGGCCCAGACCCCCCACGCUCAGGAAGGAUGGACCCCCCCCUCCAGGCCCCAUCCGACCCCCCCAGUCCAUCCCAGUCCAUCCCAGUCCAGCCCAG